GCUGAUGUGUUGGUAAACUCUGCACAUUCAAAUCUUAAUCAUCUCACUGCAUGUGGUCGAGCUUUAUUGACUCGCGGCGGAUCGUACUUUCAAGAAGCAUGUAAACCUCACACAGAUAUACGACCAGGAGACGUGGUAGUAACUGAAAGUGGUGACCUUUCAUCCAAGCAUGUCAUCCAUGCUGUUUGUUGCAACUUGAGUCAAUUUAGGGAGCUGUCAUUAGCACAUGAGGUAUAGUGGAUUCUAAAAUAUUGCUACCAGCCGUAUAGCUAAAAUUUCACUCAAGGAAACGGUCCUAAAGCUACUAUAGUAGAGGACCUGCAUAUGGGUUUGUGUGCAUUUCAUUUAAUACAUAUAACCUCAACUGUUUUAAGGCAUAUUGACCAUGGCGGACAACAUGUCAUAUGUGCCAAAACCUGACUCCGGGAUGAAACGUCCCAAAAUGACCACACCCAGAAACGGCGCUUGUGACAUGGCCCUAUCUACUAAAUCAUUGAAGCUGCAUAUGGCGGACGGCAAACACUACUAUCAGAACUAAAUUGUGUUACCCGGAACGGCACAGGAGUGCAUGAAAAUAAGGCAGAAAUUUGUUGGCAAAUUUUUGCAUUUUUUCUCAAAAUCUGUUUUUUUCAGCGGAUUUUAUUCUCGUAUGUCAAAAUAUACAUAAUGUUGACAGUAAAACAAGGUGCUCAAUAAGUUUAUGAAAAUUUCCCAUAAAGGCCCUCUUGGCAGAGCAACUUGACACAUCAGCAAAAUUGACAGUUUCGGGACCCUAUCUUCGCUGUCUCGACCAAUUCCUUGUUUACGUUGUGGAAUGGGUAGCAAUUGCCGAAGUCCCUUUCAGUAAAUAGAUUUUGAAUUCAUCUUGCACUGCUUUGUUUGCAACAAUAUGAUACCAACUUGUAUCGAAUCUAAGUUAGGAAAAAUUUUCCACGUUUAAAGCUAGGCAAGGCUAAAUUAUGUAGGCUAUUUGUUCAUAAAUCUAGUUUUUAUUGAUUUGAAAAUUGCCAAAGUACAUAUUAAAGAAAGGACAAGUUGUAUGUGUAAUUUCUCUCUUGCGAAAAGCUUUCGAAAAUGCUGCGGCAAAGUCGUCAUUUUUACUUGAACGUUCUUACUACAAACGAAACAUAUGAAGAACCAAAAAACGCCUUUAUGAUAUGAUUGAAUAUUAGUCGAAACGUUGAUAUUAUUUAAACGCAAAGUAAAUAGUAACACGUCUUCAUAAUGUUUACGUAUUAUUUUCAUUUUGUAUCAUCGUAUAUCUUAAUCAGUCAUUUUAUAAAAACCGUUUCGCUUCCUAUCAUUUUGGAAAUAACACGACUUUCAUAAUAGCUAUAUUAUGUAAUUAUUUUUACUUUGUAUCAUCGUUUCAAUAGAAUAUAACAUGCUCAGUCUUAUUAAAAUGAAACAAUAUCAUAAUGAAUCAUAUUGAUUUCAAGUCCGCGCAAUUUUAUCACGUCCGAGGCGAAGCCGAGCACUGGAUCGAAAUGUGAGGACUUGAAACCUAGGCCAGUCUGAAUUGGAGGAUUUGAAAUGACAUCUCAUAUGAAUAAAUCACUACUUAAUUAAUUUUGAUCCAGUCCAAGGACUGAAUGAAUUUUCAUCCAGUCUUAGGGGCUAGGACAGGAACAGUAGGCUUCAUCACGUAACCAGUAUUGUCACGUGGGCAAAAUAAAGUGAAAUGUUUGGCUAAUUUACUCAUAAAUUAUUAAUGAGUUUGAGAUAACAGAUUGUAAGCCAGCCGAUGAAAAUCGAUUUACUUGACAAGUGGACUGACAUGAAAAAAUGUUUUGGGGGCAGCCCGAUCCUGCGAACGAGCACUUUAUGUGUAAAAGUUCUCCAAGUUUACACACUACUGCCAAUAAUGGCGAAAUCCCUAGAUAUCUAAAACGUCGUUGCUUUAAUCCUUAUUAUCACUGACAGAAUGACUGCAAAUUGAUACAUGCAAAGAACUUCGUACAAAUUUGAUUUUCUACGGGAAAUAACACCUCACUCUGUAGUAAUUAAAUACAUUUCCAUUAUUUUUGUUAUUUCUAGUUUUUACGGCGAUUAGUGCGAAAAAUUCUUGAAAAAUGCCACGAGUUGGGGGCAUACUCUCUGGCAAUCCCAAUGAUCGGCGCAGGUCAGCAUGGAUAUUCUGAGAAAGUAGUUUUACAAAUAAUCAGAGAGGUAGUAAACCAAUUUAGCAACAGCAAAGGAAGUCAGAUUACCCUCAAAGAUAUUCGCGUAAUUGUGUUUCAAUCUAAACCCGACAGGAGGCAAUCGGUACCUUUGCCAAUUAGGCCAGGAAUUUCAACACCAUCCUUGUCACACCCCUCAGAGAGAAAUACUGAAGCUAGUUCUACUGAAAUAGCUUUUGCACUUGUCCGCAUUUACCUGUGUGGUGGCAACUUAACACAAUAUGAAGCUGAUGCCUUCAUGAAUUUAUCCUCAACAAAUGUAAAAGUGUCGACCACAACCUCAUUGAAACCGCCACCUGGUACUGUGCUGGUUAUAAAAGCCCAUGGCGGUGUGAAUGUAAAAUACUACGUGCAUUGUGUUCCUGUCUCGUUUGACAUUUCCGGAUUGGAGCGGGCAAUUAAAGCUUCCUUGGAGGCUGCGAAAUUUUUCGCACUCAAUAACAUAGUAAUAUCGGCCACGGGAAUAACUUCGCUGAACCCAGCGGCCAACGAAUGCGCCAAUGCGAUUUUGAACGCAUCCAAAAUCUUUUCCAAAGCAAAUUUCAUGAUGGAUAUUAAAGUGGUUGUGUUUGACGUGAAUAUGAUGCGAAUCUUCAAAAACGCUUUCGAAGAAAACGCGAAGGAGCAAAAAACGAGUGCGACCAUCCAUGACAUUGAUCAGGCAGCAAGUUUGGAAGAUGCGGAAAUUAUGCAACAGCUUCCCCUGAAGAAAGUCUUUAACAUCGGAGUGAAGGAACAAGUUAUAUUUCGAGUGGUUGGCGUCCGCGAUAACGUGAACAAGUCCAUUGAAAAAAUCGAAGGGUACUCCAACCGAUUUAAAGUAACUAAAUAUGUAACAGAUGAGAAAAUGGUGUACAGACUUUGGAAGCAUAUCUCCGAAAUGGAAACAUUGUCAAAAGGAUAUGACGUAUUCAUCACUUUAUCAGCCGAGAAAGUUUCCAUCGAAGGAAUGGCAGACCAAGUCUUUGAAUGUAAAGAUGCGUUGAUUGAUUUUUUGAACAAGCACGAUGAGAAGGAAAGAGAGAUGAGAAGAUUACGAGAAAUGUCGGAAAGCGUUCAAUGGUUGUAUACUGAUGUGAAUGGCACCGUCCUGUUUGAUGAAAUCCUUAAUGGGAUGGUUGAAAGUAAAUUCAGGGACGGAAACAACAAAAUUACAUUCCCAGGCACGGGAAACACCUACGAAGUUGAUUCGGAUAAGAUGGUCAUACAGGAAACUCACACUGGUCGCACUGCAUCACUUGCAAGGAAACAAAUUGGAAAAAUGUCGGGUAAAUUUGACUCAUAUAGUUGUAGAUAGAAUUUUUCCGAUGCGUUGGCCAUGCAUGUUGAAAUGAAAACAGGGCUAAUAACCUUACCGUUAAUGAUAACACCCAACACUGAGUUGCAGUGAGAAAGAUUAAGUUACAAAAAAUGUACAUAUAGUUUCAAGCUUUUUCUUUCAUAUUAUUUUGGAAAGAGAUAUUCUAGUUGCAACAAAAAUAUCUAUUUUAGUCUAAUUAUUUAAUCAAGGACAAAAACUGUUACUUAAAAAUAUUAGUUCAGAAAUUAAAAACCAGUUCGUUUUGAUUGGUUGAUUGAUUGAUUGAUUGAUUGAUUGAUUGAUUGAUUGAUUGAUUGAUUGAUUGAUUGAUUGAAAUGGAUUUUUCUUGAGUUCAUUUUUUAACAGUUUCAAUCAACUUCUGGACUAACUUUGUUAAGUUUUUAAAAUGCAGUAACACAAUUUAGUAUUUUACUUUUUCGAUCAGACCGUUGUUAAUGAAAGAGGGAAAGGAAAGGUCAUUUAAUUUAUUUAUGUUUUCCCGAUUUCAGUUUUACCGACAUUUUGGGAACCACAACCAAAGGAUGAAGACGUCCAUUUAGUCGCUUUGUCCUGUUCGUCAAAUGAAUACCAGACAGUUAUUAAUCUCUUUGGUCGUGCAAAUGACUUGGCAACAGUGCAAAAGAUCGAAAGAAUUCAAAAUCCUCGUUUAUAUAAAAUGUAUCUUAGCAAAAAAGAUUCGAUGGGAAUGGAAGCAAACGAGAAGCAGCUGCUUCAUGGCACGAAGUCGGAGAACAUUUCUUCUAUCAACACAAACAAUUUUAACCGAGGAUUUUCUGGCAUGAAUG